AUGUCUCGUUUCCUGUCAAAAGACAAGCUAGAAGGGUUCGAAAAAUAUAAGUAUAACUCCAUAGACACUAGUAUACUGAGUACCUAUGUUAUGCAUCCAUUCUGGAACUGGUGUGUUCAGUUUUGUCCGAUAUGGGUGGCACCCAACCUGCUAACAUUUUCUGGUUUUCUGCUGACGGUCAUUAACUUUCUGUUAUUCUCCUAUUAUGAUUAUGGAUUCCAUGCGCUAUCGAAGGAGAAUGUCACAAACGAUAGCAUUCCCAACUGGGUGUGGGCUGUUACCGCUGUCAAUUUAUUUGUGGCUUACACACUCGACGGUAUUGACGGUAAGCAAGCAAGAAGAACAGGUAGCAGUGGUCCAUUGGGUGAACUCUUUGAUCACGGUCUGGAUUCAUACUCCACCGUGCUCAUACCAACAUGUUUAUACAGCAUAUUUGGAAGAGACGAGCUGACCCCUCUCAGAUUCUACUUCGUAAUUUGGAACAUAUUUCUGAACUUUUAUUUGACACAUUGGGAGAAAUACAACACCGGUGUUAUGUUCCUACCUUGGGGCUACGACUUUACUAUGCUCGGCUCGUGUAUCCUGCUAUUGGUGACGUCACUCAUAGGCCCUUCAGCGUGGCACGUCACACUACCGGGUGGUUUAACGCCAGGCGUGGUGUUCGAGAUCGUGUUAUACUUCUCCGCCAUCAUAACUAGCCAGACGGUCAUAUUGUGGAACAUUUAUAAAUCGUAUCGAGAUGGCACUGGUAAAAUGCGUCCAUUCAUAGAAGCCGUCCGACCUUUGUUCCCGCUGGCCAUCUUCUUUAUUCUGAGCACAGCGUGGGCACUUUUCUCUCCUAAUGACGUAAUCAACAAAGGCCCAAGACUGUUUUACAUCUUGACGGGAACCAUUUUUUCGAAUAUCAACUGUCGCCUGAUCGUGUCUCAAAUGAGUGACACAUGCUGCGAGUCCUUCAAUGAUCUCCUAAUACCGUACGCGGCUACUGUCUUCGCUUGUCUGUACGGUGUCUCAGAGAUUAUGGAAAUGUUGUUGCUAUCGCUACUCACAGCUGUGGUGUCUAUAGCGCACAUCUACUAUGGAACAAGAGUGGUACAAGAAAUGUGCGAACAUUUUAAAAUUUCCUGUUUUAAAAUUAAGUCAAAAUCAAAUUAG